ACACCCACGAACAUGUCGUCGUCGAGCAUGUCGAGCGACGGCGGACCAACUGUCGCCGUGAAGCUGUUCGUCGACAAGGAGAAGAGAAGGGUGCUGUUUGCGGAGUCCGACAAGGAGUUCGUCGACGUGCUCUUCAGCUUCCUCACCCUGCCCCUCGGCAGGAUCGUUCGUCUCUUCGACAAGCAGUCUCAGGUGGGAUGCCUCGACGAGCUGUACAAGAGCGUGGAGAGCCUCGGCCAAUGUCACUUUCAAGCCAAGGCGUGCAAGGCAAUGCUUCUUGCGCCGCUCAAUGCUGCAGCAGCCCAUUGCCACCGGCUUCAAGUCAAAAUUGGCGACAGCAACCCUGUGUAUCACUGCACAAAUCCAUUUUGCUCCUAUACAUUGUUUAGCUCCGUCCCUGAUGCUGUAUGCAGUUGUGGAAAUGUUGUCCAUGGCUCCAAGUUCAUCAUAACUGAUGAUCUCCAAGUUUCUCUUGCAUCCACGAAGGCUAUGUUUUCUCUGAUGGAACAAUUUGGUAUCCCAGGAAAUGGGAACAUCGAGGAGAAGGUGCUCCAACUCAAUUCUAGCAAGAUGACUAGUUUGCUCAGGAGAGCACUGCUGACAAAGCAGCCCUUAACCGGAUUGUUUUUCAAUGUUCCUAUUGAGCCGAAUGGUGCAUAUCUUGGUAAGCUUCCUGAAAACCUGUUGGCAAAACAAGCAGCUGAGGCUGAUCCCAACUUCAAAGCCAUCAAGGUUCUGAAGAUCAUCAGAGCUGCAUUCGAGACGCGUGAAGCACUCAGCAGUGCGCUUCUCCCUUGA